AACACACGAAGAAGAGAACCGAAAAGUCAUGGCGGCUGACAGGUUGUGAUGAGCCAACGAAAAAAACAGUGGAGUCUUUCAAGUUGGAUUUAAUAGAUUUAUGCCAGUCCAGUGGGUAAAGCUCGACUGACAAGAUGCUGGUAACUCUGAAGACAUUACAACAACAAACAUUUAAAAUUGACAUCGAUGAGGAGGAGACGGUGAAAAUAUUAAAAGAGAGGAUUGAAAAGGAGAAGGGGAAUGACAUCUUUUCUGUUGCAGCACAGAAAUUGAUCUAUGCCGGUAAAAUCUUAAACGAUGACACGCCUCUCAAGGAGUACAACAUUGAUGAGAAGAACUUUGUGGUGCUAAUGGUGACAAAGCCCAAAAUGGCCUCAGCCACCACACAGACUUCAUCAACCUCUUCAGCUCCCGUCACCACGGCUCCUGCAGCUCCUCCUGCAGCCCCUCCUGCAGCUUUGUCUAGUUUAGAGAAUCCAGCAGAGCCGACUUCCUCCGACAACAAGUCAGAGGACAAAACAGAGGUGACGCCACCAAGCUCUGACCCAUUCUCCACCAGUUUUGGCAGUAGCGGAAGCCCUGAGACUUCACCAAACUCAAACUUGAUAAAUGAAGCUGUUUCAACUCUUGUGACAGGUUCGUCGUAUGAUGCCAUGGUAUAUGAAAUGAUGCUCCUGGGCUUCGGGAGAGAAGAAGUAGUGGCAGCUCUGAGAGUGAGCUUCAACAACCCUGACAGGGCUGUGGAAUACCUGCUAUCGGGUGUGUCAACCAGAGAUCAGGGUCCUGCACCAGGACCUGAUACCACGGCGACUCCAUCAAGUGGAGCUCCAGCUGCUCCCUCCGGAAGUGUUAACACUCCUGCCAACACUGGAUCUUCACCAAGCGCUACAGCAGGAACCAAUCCCUUGGACUUCCUAAGAAAUCAGCCUCAGUUCCAGGUGAUGCGACAGCUGAUUCAGCAGAAUCCUGUCCUGCUUCCAACGUUGCUGCAGGAGAUCGGCAGGGAGAACCCAGACCUGCUGCAGGAGAUCAGUGACCACCAAGAACAGUUCAUCCAGAUGCUGAAUGAGCCAAUUCCAGACCCAGCUCCAACAGGUGGCGGAGGAGGACCGGGUGGAGCCGGAGGAGUGGGAGGUGGUACAUCUGGUGGGGGUCAGAUGAGCUAUAUCCAGGUCACACCACAGGAAAAAGAAGCUAUUGAGAGGCUAAAAGCCUUGGGUUUUCCAGAAGGACUCGUCAUCCAAGCCUACUUUGCUUGUGAUAAAAAUGAGAACUUGGCUGCCAACUUCCUUUUACAACAAAACUUUGACGACGAUUGAAGGAGACAUUUUUUUGUUGUUGUUGUUUUCAUUCUUCCACUGUUUUGUUAGUCAUGUUCAGUAUAUCUGCAAAUAAGCCUUUUAAUUUCUAAAGUGUAUUUUAUUUCCCGGUUCCAAAGCAAAGUUUCAUGAUUACACUGGAUAAUUCUCAGUUGGGAUCUGCUGUAAAAGGACAAGCUGUUGUUAACAGGUUACAAUGGAGUAGUGAUUAAAAUCCAAUACUUUUGCAUCAGAGUUUGCCUAUGUGCCUUUUGUUUUAUUGCUUAAGAACAAUUGUUUGUUUGCAAAUAAUAGGGUAAAGCUAAGAGGUUCUUACAGGUUCUUACAUUUGCUUCUUGAAAAAAGAAUUAAAUUGGAACCAAUCAAGCAACA